GCCCCUUCCUGCCUCCCUCCAAGCCGGGGCGGUUUCGCCGAAACCCUCGCGCCCCGGGCGGGUCCGAGGGCAGAGCGAGGGCGGGGCGGAGCGGGAAGGCCGCGGAGCCGGAGGGGGCGGGACCCACCGCGCGCGCGGGGCUUGGACGCCCAAGGGGUUUCCAGCGACGAGGGCGUCCUUCCUCCUUCCCCGCAGCGGCCAUACAGGCCACCCGAGCCCUCAUGGUGGUGUCCCUGGUGCUGGGCUUCCUGGCCAUGUUCGUGGCCACGAUGGGCAUGAAGUGUACAAGCUGCGGGGGCGACGACAAGGUGAAGAAGGCCCGGAUAGCCAUGACCGGAGGCAUCAUUUUCAUCGUGGCAGGUCUUGCUGCAUUGACAGCUUGCUCGUGGUAUGGCCACCAGAUUGUCACAGACUUUUAUAACCCGUUGGUCCCCAUGAAUGUGAAGUACGAGUUCGGUCCCGCCAUCUUCAUUGGCUGGGCCGGGUCUGCCCUGGUCAUCCUGGGGGGUGCGCUGCUCUCUUGCUCCUGUCCCGGGAGUGAGAGCAAAUCUGGGUACCGC